AUGGCUCCUCCCAACGCUGAUCUCUCUCACUCUUCCAACGCUGCUGCUACUUCCAGCGGCAGUGUCCCUUCUCCCUUGUUCAAGGUAAACUCUCCCAAUGUGCAAUACACUGACGAGCACAUCUUGUCCAAGUACUCUUACUUCAACACCUUGGUCACCAAGCAAGCUGAUGGUACCAUGAUUGCUGAACCUACUGAAACCGUCUACGAAUUCAAGACUGAACGCACUGUUCCUCGUGUUGGUAUGAUGAUGGUUGGUUGGGGUGGUAACAAUGGCUCUACUUUGACCGCUUCCAUCUUGGCUCACAAGAACAAGCUGACCUGGCGCACCAAGACUGGUGUCCAUAAGCCCAACUACUUUGGCUCUGUCACUCAAUCCUCUACUGUGCGUUUGGGUGUGGAUGCUGAGGGUACUGAUGUUUAUGUUCCUAUGAGCCAAAUGUUGCCCAUGGUCAACCCUACUGAUUUCGUCCUUGGUGGUUGGGAUAUUUCCAGCAAGAACUUGGCUGAAUCCAUGGACCGUGCCAAGGUAUUGGCCUAUGAUCUCCAACGUCAAGUUGCCGAUGAAAUGUCCAAGAUGACUCCUCUGCCUUCCAUCUACUACCCUGAUUUCAUUGCCGCCAAUCAAGAAGACCGUGCUGACAACUUGAUUCCCGGUAACGACAAGCGUGCUCAUGUCAACCACAUCCGUAAGGAUAUCCGUGAUUUCAAGGCUGCCAACAACCUUGACAAGGUCAUUGUCAUCUGGACUGCUAACACUGAACGUUUUGCUGAGCUCAUUGAUGGUGUCAAUGACACUGCUGACAACUUUUUGGCUGCUGUUGAGAACUCCCAUGAAGAAAUUGCUCCCUCUUCCAUCUUUGCUCUUGCUUGUAUCGAAGAAGGCUCUCCUUUCAUCAACGGUUCUCCUCAAAACACCUUUGUUCCUGGUUUGAUCCAAUUGGCUGAACGCCACAAGGCCUUCAUCGGUGGUGAUGACUUCAAGUCUGGCCAAACCAAGAUGAAGUCUGCCCUGGUUGAUUUCCUCGUCAAUGCUGGUAUUAAGCCUGUUGCUAUUACCUCUUACAACCACCUGGGUAACAACGAUGGUAAGAACUUGUCCUCUCAUCGCCAAUUCAGAUCCAAGGAGAUCUCCAAGUCUACUGUUGUCGAUGACAUGGUUGCUGCUAAUGAUUUGCUUUAUGCCAAGGAUGAACAUCCCGACCACACUGUUGUCAUCAAGUAUGUCCCCUCCGUUGGUGAUUCCAAGCGUGCUCUCGAUGAGUACGAGUGCGAUAUCUUUAUGGGUGGUCGCCAAUCCAUCAGCAUGUACAACAUCUGCGAAGAUUCCUUGUUGGCUUCUCCCCUCAUCAUUGAUUUGGUCGUCAUGACUGAAUUGAUGACUCGUUUGCAAUACAAGACGAUCGAUAUGCCCAAGUUUAGCUCUUUCCACAGUGUAUUGAGUAUCUUGAGUUACAUGUUGAAGGCUCCCAUGGUCUCUCCCGGUACUCCUGUUGUCAACGCUUUGAGCAAACAACGCACUGCUAUUGAGAACAUUUUCAGAGCUGCUGUUGGUCUCUCUGCCAACAAUGAAAUGGGCUUGGAACACAAGGUCUGGUAA